AUGAGUGAUAAGCAUUUAAAUUUGCUCGACGAUGGGCAAAUUGGGGAUGAGGACAUGCAGGUGUUUUUGACAGAGCUUUCCUUGCCUAGUGGUCCGAACCGUCAGCUUCAGCUUGGUAUGGAGUCCUCCGAUGCUAAUAAAAACAUGUCUUUGGAUAUCCAGACGUUUAAGAACUCCUGGAACGAGGAGCAGACUCGAUACCUGUCCCCAAUCCCCCAGCAAAAUUGUGGCAAUGGUGUGGAGGGCGGUGACAACGAAUCCGUGUACUCAUCAUCGUCGUUUGUCAACAAUAAUGGAACUGAGAACAAUUUGGUGCCUCUUUCUCCAGCGGUGUCAUAUUUGACCACGGGAGAAGAGGAACAUGAUGAUCUGUCUAGUAUCUACUCUGGUAGUUCGAAUAAUUUGUUUCCCGUGGAUUCGCAUGGGUUCAAGCAUGCCACGGGGCUGGAAGAUAUUGAUUUACUGAUGAUGGGUAUCAAGGACAGUGUGGGAAAUGAGUUUGAAAAUACAGCUUUAUUUGAUGUUCCAGUUGGUACACAACACACACAUAUCAACGAAGGGUUGGCCAGCAGUGGAAAUACAACACCAUUUACACCUACUAUAGGGCUUAACGAUUUUAUUGAUUCUUCAAUUCCGCAAGAAAUUAAUCAUAUACUGGAUGACGGCUUAACUUCGCCUGCUGGGCUUAGUGUGCCAAUAAUCAACAUAGAAGGUAAUAAUGAACCAUCCUUGGGUUUCAAUGACAACCCUGCUUCUUUUCAAAGCUCAAACACAAAUAUAUAUAAUGUUACUCCUCAGAUUAAUUCGAAUAAACUAGUUGUUACAGUAGAUGAUGGAAAGAGUUCGUUAUUGACGGACAUGAGCAAUGAUUUAGAUAAAGUCCAUAACGAAAUGAGACAAGGAAGACAACUCAAAGGGAGGCGUUCGAUAUCCCGACGCUCGUCUAGGACCAGAAGUAUAUCUCCGGAGUCAAAAGCAAGAUCGCUGAGUGCUAAUAGAGAUAAACUGCUGGAAAUGGCAGAUUUGUUGCCGGAUUCGCCACCGGUUUUGAACUCACAAUCAAAAAACACAAUGCUUUCUUUCAAUGCUAAUGUUAAGCAAGAGUUCCCAAGCGAUUUAAACACACAAGGAAAAUUAGAAUCAGCAGAAAAUUCGUUCUUAAGUGCAGAACCAAAGAGUCCCCUCGAAGAAGGUGAAACACCACAGAAUUUAUCAGGAACUACCAGAAGGCGAAAUUCAAAGAAAAAUCCAUCGAUAUAUGAUUGUGUGAUAUGUGAGAAGAAGUUCACCAGACCUUACAACCUGAGAUCGCAUUUAAGAACGCACACAAAUGAAAGGCCGUUUGUUUGUACUGUUUGCGGUAAAGCAUUUGCUAGGGAGCAUGAUAGAAAACGUCACGAAGACCUCCACACUGGUAAGAAACGCUAUAUAUGUGGUGGUAAACUAAAAUCAGGAGAAGCUUGGGGUUGUGGUAAGAAAUUUGCAAGAAGUGAUGCUUUGGGCAGGCAUUUCAAAACCGAAAGUGGUAAAAAAUGUAUCACUCCAUUAUACGAAGAAGCCGCAAGAGAAAGAGAAACCGCAAACAACUCUUCGAACUAA